AUGUUUAAGUUUAUCGCAAUUGUGAGCUGCCUGAUCGCCAUCGGCAUGGCCAUGCCAGCCCCUGACCUCGGCCAGCCGAUCGCCGGUCCGGAAAGCCAGGACAAUGCCGCGGUGCUGCUCGUGCAAGCGGAUGACGAUAGCGGUGAGCUGGCCGUGGCGGAGACGGCCCACCACGGCGGUGGCUACGGAGGAUACGGUGGAUACGGCGGUGGUUUCGGAGGCUACCCGUACGGAGGCUACGGUGGUGGCUUCGGAGGUGGCUUCGGAGGAUACGGAGGCGGCUUCGGCGGAUACGGAGGCGGAUUCGGUGGAUACGGUGGCCACCACCAUCACCAUGGUCACCACCAUGGCUAA